AUGGGUCACCAGCAGCUCUACUGGAGUCACCCAUGGAAGUUCGGCCAGUGUUCUCGCUCUUGCUGUGUCUGUUCUAACUGCCACGGUCUGAUCCGAAAAUACGGUCUGAACAUGUGCUGUCAGUGUUUCCGUCAGCAAAGGACAUAG